CUUUAGUGUAACCCUGAAUAUUUAGACAUAGUGAACUUUUGGGGUUUCCCCCAGUAACUGUGGAUAUAAGACCGCGUCACCAAAACACUGAGCUAUUAGGUAUUAAAAAAGAAACAGUGAUGUAUUUCCUAAUGAGUUAUUGUAUAGUUGUCAUUUUUUAUAUCCAAAUGGUUUCUUCACAAGUGGAAUUGAAAAGAGAAUCUGCCCCACCUUUUUUUUGUGUAUCAAGCCUAAAGUUGAUAUGCAAAUAUAGUGGAUUAGCAGCAUGUUGUAGUGCUGACACAAGAGUUUGGAGACUGAAUAAUACUCAGAUAAUGAAUAAUGGAGUUGAAUCAUCAACAACUGGAAAAUAUACAGAAACUAUUGAUGUCGCUCAGAAAUUAUUCGAAUUGACAAUCUCAAACAUUGGGGCAUCAGACUUUGGAAUUAAUUAUGUUUGUGAAUACGGUUUUGAUGCAUCUACCCCACUGAAAUUGAAGAUUGACCAUUUAAUAUGCGGCAAAUGUCCAAGUUGUGGAUGGAGAUGUUUUGGAUGGGGUUGUCUAGCAACAUUUUGGGCAAAUUACAGUAUGAUGGUUGGCAUUUUCAUCUUGAUUUGGAGGGAUCAUGAAGACAGUGAAGAUGAAACAACAAAUAGUAAAGAUAGCUGUUGCAAAAGAGUCUUACACGAUGGAUAUUUUAUAGCUUUUAUAAGCACAUUAUUGAGUGCUGCAAUAGCCAUACCAAUUGGUUUAUACUUUUGUAUUUGUUAUGACUUUGGAGACGAUGCUUACCUGUACUACCCAGAUCCAAGCUUCAUAUCUGUAGGAUAUUUUGUUGUCAUUAGUACGCUUCUAAUGAUGAAAUGUUUUAAAUGUAGAGAUCUGAAUUGCAAAGAUGUGUGCAUCCUGAUUGGAAUUGUCAUCACUUGUCCCUUUGGGCCGAUUCUUUAUUCAGCUUACAUAUUCAAAUACGAAAUGAUGAAGACAUGGAAAGACAUUGAUUUUAAAGAUAUUCUCCUUCUGCUUUCCGGUGUAUUCACAUAUGGAAUAGCAGUAUUUCUUCUUUGUAAAGAUUGGCCAACUGAAGAGGAGAAUAAUCCAAAGAAAAAGACACAAGCCAACUCGACCAAAAAGAAAAAAAAGGAUUCCAAGCCUGGAGAUGCUGGCAUUGAAAUGUUGUGAACAACAGGUAAAA